AUGGCAAAGACAAGAUGUGUUUUUUUAAUUACUAUUUUAAUUUUUACAAGUUUUAUCCUUCAAAUAUUUUCAACAAAGUUCCCUGAAUUUUUAAACGAAGACGAUUUAAGGAGUAUGGGUGUGAAAAAUCCACAGAAGAAAGUGUACCAUCCACCUUCAGUUGAAAGAGAGCCGGAGUCCCCCCCACCAGGCUACGAAUCGGUUGAAUCAAAUGAAAUGAACAAAAAUCGUAAACCUCCAAAUGGAUUGCCAAUUCCAGCUGUGCCACCGCCAUUUUACACCUAUAAAAAUUCAGAAUUUAAACCGAUGGGUCGAGGGGAUCCUAAAGACCAGAAUAUUGUUCAACAAAUGGACGACGAAGAUGGAAAUGCACUUUUUCCGCGUCCUGAUGGACUACCAUUAAGUGGCUCAGACUCCAUAGAUUUGAAUCUAUUAGAGAAGAGAUUAACGGAUACAAAUAAGUGGGAUGAGUUCAGGAAUUUGGUAGCUAAAGAACAGCAAAAGCUAAAACAAGGUGAAACUAUGGAAAACUGGGAAGCGGACGCUCAUAUGUGGGCUUCAUAUUCCAGACAAUUAGUGGAAAGAGACAAAAUUGCGAAAAGACGAGCUCAAGAAGAGGAACGUAAAGACGCGGAACGGAAAGCUGCAAGACAAAAUCAACACGAAUAUUUGAAUCCUAGCGCUGGUAUGGAACAAUAUUGGACAUCAAACGACAAUGAUAAGAAAUCAUCGGAUCCAAGAUACGAAAUGGAUGCAGUAAACAAAAAGAUGUUGGAGACACUCUCUCGAUUGCCUCACUCACAAUCUGACUCUGAAGAACUAUCUUUAUCAAAAAAUGCCCAACUUUGGCACGCUAUGAAACAAGGUAUUCAUUUACCUAUGCCUCCGCCAAAGUUAUGGACUCGACGACAAUAUGAUGGAAUGCCUCCAAUAUAUUACAAAGAUCGACCAAACGAAUCACGAGGAGCAAUAUCGACGGGUCGGGACGACCGUUAUCUAACACCUGAACAGAGGUCUCAAGAAUCUCCUGAUUACGAUAUGGGGCCAGAUACUUCGCAAUUGUCUCAAACUUUUGAAAAACCAAGAAUUACAUUUGACGAAAACGUUAACGAGGAUAACGUUCCUUAUGGUGAUGGCAAAAUACCAGGUGUAGGAUCUGAGGCUGACUUUCCGAAUGGUUAUCGACCAAACUACGGUGAUAAUUCGCAAAUUUCUCCUGGGUUUUAUCAGAUGCCCCAGUCUUACAGUAGCGGAUAUCCAGAGGCUCAAAAAAAUCCAUUUAUAAAAACUCAACCCAAGACAAGAAGUAAUAAAGCCCCGCCACAGAUCCCACCCAAGAACAAAGCAGCUGUAGGCUACCCAGAUGAUUUUAAGCACGCUCUCCGGAUGGGUGGACCUCGUUUUCAACCUGGGCCAGGUUCAGAAUCAGAUUUCUCUGAAGGGUCUGGUCCAGAUAAUUUUAAGCACGCUCUCCGGAUGGGUGGACCGCAUUCCCAACCUGGGCUUGGUUCUGAAUCAAAUUUCCCUGAGGGGUCUGGUCCAGAUAAUUUUAAACACGCGCUCCGGAUGGGUGGACCACGAUUCCAACCUGGCCCAGGUUCUGAAUUAAAUGUUCCUGAGGGGUCUGGUCCAGAUAAUUAUAAGCACGCUCAUCGGAUGGGUGGACCACGUUUUCAACCUGGCCCAGGUUCUGAAUCAGAUUUCUCAGAAGGAUUCCAUCCUAAAAUAGCUGGUGGAAACAUGGAAAGGGGAGUUCCGUCAGGUAAUGGACUUCAUAGACCGCCGAGACUAAAUAAUCAGUUCCAAGGUAUGGGGCAAAGAGGACCACCUCCUGGAUGGCAUAGUGAGGGCAAAGCGGGCUGGAAACCUGAUAAAUCUUGGGGAUCAUCACGUUUUAGUCCACCAGGAGAGCCAGACUAUCAGCCACUACCGGAAUCGGAACGAUUACAACCAAAUUUCCCUCGUGAAUUUCCUGUAAAGGGGAAGGACGGGCCGGCAGCACUUCGUGAUGGUGCUGAUGACACUGCUAUUACCUUUCAAGGCCAAAACUCACCUGGUGGUGAUGCAGACCUAGGUCAGGCCGGAUUUAAACCGCGUCAACCAAAUCUACCAACCGGGUAUAAUUUGUUGCAAAUUGCAUUAAAUAAAACAGCGGAUGAAGACCAAAUGAUUAGAGCUGCUCCGACGACUGAACCCUCAACGACACCAAAACACCCACCAACCAAAGAGGAGCGGAUUCAACAGUUACAACAACAUGAUGAUUUCGGAGCACCAAUACGUUGGGUGCCAUUAACUUCGCCAGAUACAAGUGAUGGACUGGCGAAAGUGACGGAUAAAGAAACUCAUAAGAAUCAACAGUUCAUUAUUGAGGGUGUACUUUAUGUUCCUGUCGUGGACGAGAAUGUGGCUCGAUUAGGGUUGACUACAGAGGACUACCAAGAAACGACAACGCAGCUUCCUACCCUGACUCCUAAGAAUGAUUCAUCCAUCAAGACCAUCUUAAGAUCUAUGAACCUAAACAAGAGCUCUGAACUAGAAUGGCUGGCUAUGGAAACUGUUCUAGGACCAAAGCAAAUUUAUCCGGCACAGUGUGAAGCUGAGUCCUGCCAGGCCAGGUGCCAUAAGCCCAAGUGUGAUUCUAAGUGCCGCGGAGAAAUGUGUGCAUCUGGGUGUGUGGGAGUCGGUUGCAAUGCCAAUUGCAACGGACCUGCAUGUUUCUCAAUGUGCAUUGGCGAGAAAUGUACUGCAAAGUGUGAAGGCAUGAAUUGCGAGUCCCGGUGUUGGGGUAAAGGCUGUGAAGCCACAUGUACACUCCUAUCCUGUAUCUACACUGUCAAUGGAGAGACUCUUGUCACAAAUGCCACAUUUGAUCAGUUAUAUCCGAACUAUGACAAUAAGCCUAAGAAUGAUGGUCGUCAAGCCCAGCGUCUGGAGCAACCCGGAUUAGACAAUACGAAACUAAAAAAUGAGGAUUAUUAUUAUUAG